GCUGGACCAGCACAGCAUCCAGCAGCAUCCAGGGGGGUUUGACGGGCCAGAGGGAGCUGCUGCCGUUUACACAGUGUUUUUUUGUUCUAGUUGUGGAGUGUGGUAGUCAUCAUGGGGGAACUGUUUAGGAGCGAGGAGAUGACCCUGGCCCAGCUGUUUCUGCAGUCUGAAGCAGCCUACUGCUGCGUCAGUGAGCUGGGAGAACUAGGCAUGGUGCAGUUUAGAGAUCUGAAUCCAGACGUGAAUGUGUUCCAGCGCAAGUUUGUGAAUGAAGUGAGGAGAUGUGAGGAGAUGGACAGGAAACUGAGGUUUGUGGAGAAGGAGAUCAAGAAAGCUAACAUUCCAACUGUGGACACUGGAGAAAAUCCAGAGGUGCCUUUUCCCAGGGACAUGAUUGACCUAGAGGCCACCUUCGAGAAGCUGGAGAACGAACUAAAGGAGAUCAACACGAACCAGGAAGCCUUGAAGAAGAACUUCCUGGAGCUGACCGAGCUCAAACACAUCCUUCGUCGAACGCAGCAGUUCUUUGAUGAGAUGGAGGAUCCCAACCUGCUGGAGGAGUCGUCAGCCCUUAUGGAGGGCAGUGAGGGGGGCCGCGGGGCCCCGCUCAGACUGGGCCGGCCACCUCACACUUCCUGCCUGCGGCCUUUCUGUGAUCUGCUCGGCUGCAUGCUUGCCAGCCUGACUGGCUUUUCCUCUGCUGCUCUGCCCAUCAUCGUCACAGUUUUCCUGGCUCUGCCUCCUUAA